AUGAGGUUUGAGAAGAAGGGGAAGUUGAGCCCUUGCUACAUUGGGCCAUUUGGGAUCCUAGAAAGGAUAAGUUCAAUUGUUUAUCGAGUGGCGAUACCCCCGGCACUAUCCAGAGUUCAUGACAUGCUUCACGUGUCAAUGUUGAGGAAGUACGUGCCAGACCCUUUGUACAUGCUAAGCUAUGAGCCUCUGAAGAUCGGUGAUGCAUUAGUAUAUGAGGAGGUAUUGGUUCAGAUUCUAGAUCAGAAGGUGCAAAAAUUGUGUACUAAGGAGAUACCAUUAGGGAAAGUAUUAUGGCAUAAUCAUGCAGUGGAGGAAGCAUCAUGGGAGUUAGAGUCAAAGAUACGUCAGAGGUAUCCUUAG